UGGGCAGGGGUUUAGAUCGAACGAAUUUAAAAAAUAAAAAGACAAAAAACAAAAAGAAAGACAUCAAUUUUUUCCUCACACAAUAAAGAGUUCACACUCUUUGCUUUAGGGUUCAUCUGAAUUACUCUUUCUUCAUCCAUAGGCUUCGCCGAUUCAAGAUGGAGGGUAAAGCGAAUUUAGAGUCGGCGAUAGAGCAGUUGCAGAAUGUCGAGAAGCAGAUGAGGCUCGCGGGUGACGUUGCCGGCACUAAGAAGGCCGUAACCGACAUUCUUCAGCUUUGCUUCGAGGCAAAAGACUGGAAGAUGCUCAACGACCAGAUAGUCCUCCUCUCUAAGAAACGUGGUCAACUCAAGCAGGCUGUAGCUGCCAUGGUUCAGCAAGCAAUGCAGUACAUUGAUGAAACGCCAGACCUUGAUACUCGUAUAGAACUUAUUAAGACACUUAACACUGUUUCUGCUGGCAAGAUUUAUGUUGAAAUUGAGAGAGCUCGGUUGAUAAAAAAAUUAGCAAAGAUUAAGGAAGAACAGGGGCUUAUAGCUGAAGCUGCAGAUCUGAUGCAAGAAGUUGCAGUGGAAACUUUUGGUGCUAUGGCAAAAACGGAGAAAAUAGCUUUCAUUCUUGAACAAGUUCGUCUUUGUCUGGACCGACAAGAUUAUGUUCGUGCACAAAUUCUCUCCAGGAAGAUCAGUCCAAGGGUUUUUGAUGCUGAUACUUCCAAAGAAAAAAAGAAGCCCAAGGAAGGUGAUAAUGUUGUUGAAGAGGCUCCUGCUGAUAUCCCGUCACUCUUGGAACUGAAGCGAAUCUAUUAUGAAUUAAUGAUACGGUAUUACUCCCAUAAUAAUGAUUACAUUGAAAUCUGUCGUUGCUACAAGGCCAUAUACGAAAUUCCUUCUGUAAAGGAAAACCCAGCUCAGUGGAUUCCGGUCUUAAGGAAAAUCUGUUGGUACUUGGUCCUUUCACCACAUGAUCCAAUGCAGUCCAGCCUUUUGAAUUCUACCUUGGAGGAUAAAAAUCUUUCUGAAAUUCCAAAAUUUAAGGUGCUUUUGAAACAAUUGGUUACUAUGGAGGUUAUCCUAUGGACAUCUCUUUGGAAUACGUACAAGGAUGAGUUUGACAAUGAGAAGAACUUGCUUGGAGGCUCUUUGGGUGACAAAGCAGCAGAAGAUUUGAAGCAAAGAAUAAUUGAACAUAAUAUCCUCGUUGUUUCAAGGUACUACUCAAGGAUUACUGUAAAGAGACUUGCAGAAUUAUUGUGUCUCAGCAUCCAGGAAGCUGAGAAGCACCUUUCAGAUAUGGUCGUGUCCAAAGCACUGGUGGCAAAAAUCGACAGGCCAAUGGGGAUAGUCUGUUUCCAAGUAGCAAAAGAUAGCAAUGACAUUCUCAACUCAUGGUCAAUGAAUUUGGAGAAGUUGCUUGAUCUUGUCGAGAAGAGUUGCCACCAAAUACACAAAGAAACCAUGGUACACAAAACUGCUCUCAAAGUCUGAAAGGGUGAUUCAGCAAUCAUACGCUGGUUGUGAUCCAACUGGAGCUUUCAUUUUGUGAUCUGUAGCGAGGGAAAAAAAAUCCGUUAAAAUUAAUGCAGGCGAAGAUGACGGGACAUGCCUUUGCCCAGAAGUUAAUUCUAUUGUUGACAGAGAUAGUGAGCUCGGAUAUUCUUCAUAGGACCGAGUACUAAGAUUGUUGUAUACUUGUGGCCAAUACUGAACCACUGACUAAUGGCAGGAACCUAAUGGCUUUGUUUUAUAGCAGUGGAAAGAAAUUCUUCUCAA